CACAAGUGGAUAUUGCUUCUCCAUGGUGUUCAACGACCAGGUGCAUCAGAGAAGGCAAUAUCUGGGCUGUUUUGUGCAGUAAAUGCUGGACACACCUUUUUGAAUGUCCGUCAAGAUUUCAGCGGGGGUACCAUGACGAGUGAGGAGUGUCCUGUGCCGCUGAGGAGUAUCUCCUCAGCACGGCCGGGGCAGAGCGAGGAAUACGGCUCAGUGCACAUAGAUGACAUCAUUGAGGAAGUAGGUCCGGGCGACGACGACGACGUCAGCAUCGGGAGCGACUUAAGCACGUUUGUGUUGCCCUUCCCCGAGUUGGCGCCCGUGGUCUUCUUCUGCCUCAAGCAGACGACCUGUCCUCGCAACUGGUGCAUUCGCAUGGUCUCCAGCCCGUGGUUCGAGAGGAUUAGCAUCAUGGUGAUCCUGCUCAACUGCGUGACGCUUGGCAUGUACCAGCCCUGCGAGAACAUCGACUGCACCUCGGACCGCUGUCAGAUACUCCAGGCCUUCGAUGCAUUUAUCUACAUCUUCUUUGCAUUGGAGAUGGUGGUAAAGAUGGUGGCUCUGGGGAUCUUUGGCCGUCGCUGUUACUUGGGAGACACCUGGAACAGGCUGGAUUUUUUCAUCGUCAUGGCUGGGAUGGUGGAGUACUCCCUGGACCUGCAAAACAUCAACUUGUCGGCCAUUCGCACGGUUCGGGUUCUUCGGCCCCUGAAAGCCAUCAACAGAGUCCCAAGUGAGAAAAGCUUAAGUAUUUUAUUUUUUUUCUUUUUAACUGGAGAUUGCAUGCAUUGUGAGUGUGUCUUUGUAUUUAUGAUUUGAAGUUGACCUGUGCUUCAAUCUACAGCUUGAGCUUUUUUU